AUGGGGGGUAAUCUACUUACGGACAUAGAUGAAUGUCAGUCAUCCCCUUGUGGUUACAAUGCAAAUUGCACCAACAUUGAUGGUUCUUAUGAGUGUGAGUGCCAGACUGGAUAUACAGGAAAUGGAACAAACUGUACAGACAUCGAUGAAUGUGCCGAGGGUAAUCCAUGUGGUUUCAAUACGAAUUGUAUGAACACUAAUGGUUCUUACACGUGCGAGUGUUUAUCUGGGUUUGAAGGGAAUGGAACAAAUUGCACAGAUAUCAACGAAUGUGAACGAAAUGCUUCCUGUCAUACAAAUGCAACUUGCACAAACGUUCCUGGAUCUUUCUACUGCGCUUGCAAAGCAAACUACAGUGGUGAUGGCUUCUUUUGUGAAGUGUUGACGUGCAAAGUGGAAGCCAUAUACUAUGCAACAACCGAUGCUAUCAAAGGUGUAUUCUCUAACGGUAACACGACCGUGACCGUAUUAUCCGCAACCAACGUGAAACUAAAUUAUGAUUCUGGGACUAAAAGACUCCUCUACUACGAUGGUACCAGUCUUAUCACAGUUAAACUGGACGGAAGUAAUGCAACUACGAUAGCAUCUCUCUCGACCAUCUCUCGGUUUACAGUAGAUCAUAUAACAAGAAAGGUCUACUACGUUACUGGACUAUUCAAAUCACUAAAUGUUAUUGACUUGAAUACUGGAAAUACAACGGAGCUAAAUCCAACCGAUAUUGCUAAUGUUGACGACUUGGAUAGUGAUCCAGAUAACAGUUCCCUUGUAUUGGCUGACUCCACCAGAGGAGACAUUGUUCGCUAUUUUCUCGACAAAGACACAAAUGAGAUUGUUUACCAUAAUGACACAUCACCAAAAUACCUGACAGUUGAUCCUCAGUAUGAAGUUAUUUAUUGGAUUGAUUAUAUCGAUGCUAGUGAUAGUUAUUCUCUUAUGAAAACAUAUUUCAAUGGUUCAACGUCUGAAGUCAAGUUCUACCCUGGUACAACAAGUUCAGUAAACGUUGCAAUAGGGAAAGAUAAUUUCUAUGUAAUGGAUAGCACAAGGAAACGUAUAGAUGUGUUUGACAGACGCACUGCUACUUUACAAUAUUCAUUUUUCCUCAGUGAUUCACCACAAGAAAUAACUGUUGUUGAAGAUUUGGAUGAAUGUUGUAUUGGCGGUUAUUGUCAUGAUAAUGCAACGUGUACAAACACACCAGGAAGUUAUUUCUGCACAUGCAAGGAAGGCUAUACUGGGAUAGGAACUAAUUGUGAAGAUAUUGACGAAUGCGUGACAUCUCCCCCAUGUCAUUCCAAUGCUACGUGCAAUAACACAGAUGGAUCUUAUAUUUGCACAUGUAAUUCUGGAUAUACUGGAAAUGGAUUCAACUGCACGGAUAUGAAUGAAUGUUUGCAAGCUCCAUGUGGCUUUAAUUCAAUUUGUACAAACACUGAAGGAUCGUACGUUUGUGGAUGUCAUAUUGGAUAUGAAAGAAAUGCGGAAACUACGAAUUGUGCAGAUGUUGAUGAGUGUGCAAUAGGCCUGUGUAGUUUAAAUGCCAACUGCACAAACACGAAUGGUUCAUACUUUUGCGUAUGCAAAAAUGGUUAUGAGGGAAAUGGGAGAAUCUGUUUAGGCGAAUCUUUGGCGAUGCUGACAUAA